AUGACCUCGAUUGAGCGACCAGCCGGAGGUGCACUAGCACUGCAUUAUGCAGCUGCCCGAGGUUGCCUCGAUUGCGUUCGCUUGCUCACUGAAGCUGCACCGGACAUUAGCGCCAACACACAAAUGGACAACGACGUGACACCAGUUUACUUGGCCGCACAGGAAGGUCAUUUGGAGGUGCUGAAAUUUCUCGUGCUUGAAGCGGGCGGAUCGCUGUAUGUGCGCGCUCGCGAUGGUAUGGCUCCAAUACACGCGGCCUCGCAAAUGGGUUGUCUCGAAUGCCUCAAGUGGAUGAUCGAGGAUCAAGCAGUUGAUUCAAAUCUACGUGAUGGGGAUGGCGCAACACCACUGCAUUUCGCAGCAUCCAGAGGACAUCUCAGCGUAGUGCGGUGGUUGCUAAAUCAUGGUGCAAAGUUGUCAUUGGAUAAAUAUGGAAAGAGCCCAAUCAACGAUGCCGCCGAAAAUCAGCAGGUAGAGUGUCUGAAUGCAUUGGUACAACAUGGAAACAUGAACGGAUUGAGUGGCAGCGAGGUUCCGGAAAAUCAAACUUCACCCAAGCAACACCGGCAUCAGCUGCACGAUGCAUAUCAAUCACAUGUACUGCCAGAUGGGCCAGGAUCAUUGCCGAAGCAGGCUCGCGUCUCGCGUAAGAGUUCUACUGUAAACCAUGGACGUCCUAGCAAACCGCUCGUAGGUGGUCACGGCCACACUCAUCAUAGUAAUACUAUGGCAUCGACGAAAUCGUCGACUGGUAGUUCUGACUCUGAACCAUUUUAUUUGCAUCCCCCGACUAUCCGUAAAACGAAGGACGGCCUGUAUGCAAGACAGUCGCCGGAUAGCUAUUACGGACCGGUGCUACCCAACGAUGGUGUCUAUGUGAAUCCUAUGCGCCGAGGUUCGUCAACGCCUCCGAGUCCAAGUGGUAGUAUUUCCGGAGAGUCCUUUUUUCUGCACGAUCCACAGGAGGUUAUUUACAAUCGUGUGAAGGAUCUGUUUGAUGCCGAUGUAACGCUAAAGGAUGAUAAGAUCGGUAAUAAUCGAUCAAUAGUACAAGCUGAAGUACAUUCGAGCAGCAGUGGAGCCGCCAGCGGUUCAGACGAGGAUCUCUCCGUCUCGUCAUCACAUUCCGGCGGAGAUGGUGGUGGAGGAGGCGGUGGCGGUGGCAAUGGCGUUGGUGGAGGUUUAGUUUCUGGUGAAAAUUGUGGUGCUGGCAUAGACAUGAUCAACGGCAACCUCUCGAAAACCUCGAACGUGAACAGUACCACCACGAACCACGAACACGAUUACGAGGACAUCUAUCUGAUGCGUGAGGAAACGCAAUAUGUUGGUGUUCCGCAAAACAGGAGCGCAGUCGGACGGAGUCGCUCACGGGACAGUGGUUCUCACAGCCGUUCGGCAAGUGCGAGUUCUAACCGGAGUGACGUUGUUCUUCAACUAACUGGCAGUAGCAACAAUCAGCAAUCUUUGGUAAGCAACAAUAAGGAGCAUAUGCUGUUGGCAAAACGCAACAACUUAUUGUACGAACAGCAGCGUGGUCAGCAAGGAACAAAGCCUCUGUCAAAAUCAAUCUAUGGUAUGAGCAAAGGUGCCAAAGGCUUGAACCACCCGUAUCCAGGAAUGCCCUCGCAGCGCAAGCACGCCGAUGAAUAUUCUAGUAACACGUUACGCUCCUCCUGCACCGUAGAUAAUGCAUAUGAGAGUGUUUGUUCGCCAGAGGACGUGUACGAACGCACAGCCGAGCUGGGACUAGGCGCCAAGCAGCUUCCGCACUCCAAGUCUCAUCAGUCGCUAGGUGGUUCCACCGUCUCCAACACCUCCUCGGGAGCAAAUGGAACAACCGUUAACGCAAAUGGUGCCACUAACGGUACUGGUGGUCAUGCAGCAGCCACGUCCACGCCGGCAUCGCCAGCCAAACGAAACGGGUCGACGCAGUUGAAUGAAGAAAAUGAAAAUGCAGGACCUCCACCUCCGCCACUUCCACCACCAUUGAAAACAAACAACUAUGGUUAUAUCGGACAUGGCGCACACCCAGCUGCGGCUGCUGCAGCCGCUGCUGCCGCCGCCGCUGCAGCAGUGGCCGCUGCAACACUAAUUGGCUCCGGUGGGCCUCGCGAGAGCUAUGAUUAUUCGAAGAAUUCGCGCAACGCAUUCGACCAGCAGACCGUAGCGACGUACAGCGAACAACAACAGUACCUUAAUGUGCAACACAAGCGCCAUUUGCACCGCGAUGGUGGCGGGCAUUUGGAAGGCGUGGAACAAAACACCGCCGAGCAUCAAGAUUCUGAUUCCGGACUAGAGGUGUUAGAGGAGUCCACAUUGAAGCCAUCCGAUCUGAUACGUGGUAAUCACAACCGCAGCAUGUCUAUAAUUUCUGCGAAUAAGAAAGCCAAACUAAUUCAAGCCAACGGCAGUGCAGGAGGCGGUAGCGGCAACCUACAUAGCCUAUGUGCUACGGAAAAUAGCUUACCAUACGGCUCUAAGACAUCCCGUACCGGUGCAGCAGCUUCAGUCGACGACCAGCACUGCCAUCAGCAACAUCACCAUCAACCGCGGCUGGUUAGCAUCCAGCCGGUAGCAUCAAACAACCAUCAGCAGCAGGCACAUCAGGGACCGAACCUGGUAAACAAGCAGCUCGUUCUGCCGUUUGUGCCACCCAGCUUCCCCAAUGGUUCCGGUGACGGCUCUAACCAUCUGAUCAAACCGUCGGAGUAUCUGAAAAGCAUCAGUGACAAAAAAUCCAAUGCAGGCUCGCAAAGAUCAUCUGAUACGGAGGAUUAUAUGCCAUUGAACACGGCUUUGAUUGUGCAGGCGGGAUCGGAACCACCGAAACCGCCCCCACCGCCACCAGCACCCCCUCUCCUCAACCUGCACAACGUGAUCCUUUCGGGAUCGGCAACACUGCAUUCCGUGCUGUCGCACCACAGCAACGCUGGUGGGUCUCGGUCUGGUGAUCCGGCGUCCACAAGUGAUAAGGCACAGCACAGUGGGGCACAUCCACCGCCUCCACCCCCACCACAGGAUACGGACAUUCGCAAGCUACAUCAGCCGCUGUCGGCCAUCUCAAUUCAGGACCUGAACAGCGUUCAGCUACGCCGCACGGAUAAGAUGCUCGCCAAGACAUACUCAGCACCGACACGCAGUAUUAGCAUGCAGUGUCUGUCCAGCACUAGCGAACAGUUUCUUUCACAGAAGACCGACUUAAUAGCAGAGUUGAAGCUGUCGAAAGAUAUUGCCGGUGUGAAGAAGAUGAAGGUGGAACGUGCGAAGCUCGAGGACCGGCAAGCGAAUGAAGUGUACUCGGAAGUAACGCGUCAGUUCACCGCACAGAAUUACGUCGAUCAGGUACCGGAACGAGACAACGCUGGCAAUAUCAUACCGGACUGGAAGCGUCAGAUGCUAGCGAAAAAAGCGGCGGAAAAGGCAAAGAAAGAGUUCGAGGAGCGGUUAGCGAGAGAAGCUGAGGACCGUCGCCUGUCCGCGAUUCCGAAAUGGAAGCGCGACCUUAUCGCCCGGAAGGAAGAGGCAGAAAACAAACUAAAAACGUCCAUAUAUACACCAAAAGUAGAGGAACCGCAGCGUCGGUCAGAUACAUGGCGCAACCGAAUCACACAAAGGGCCAUGUCGAUCGACAAUAUUAGUUCGUACGGCUCGGAAACGGAAUCGGGUAUGUUACGCUACAAUAAGGAGAAUCAGUAUCAGUACCCAUCUAUCAAUGGGUCUGGAGGCGUUCAUUUCGGGCAGGCGAACGUUGGAACCGGCAAAACAUCGAAUGGACCGUCGGGAUGUACCGGCAAUGGUACGAUGGCUCCUCGCUCUUCGAUGGAGAACAUCAGUAACGGAAAGCUGGAAGGUGGAACGGCACAUGGUUACCACCUGCCUGAUAUGGCACCCUCCACGCCGAGCGAAUCUGUGUGUGCCAACGAUGAUGACGACAGUGAUCAAAUUAUUCCGUGGCGAGCACACCUGCGAAAAACUAAUAGUCGACUUUCUCUCAUCGGUUGA